GCAUAUUUGUAUUUGUCUGUAAAGUAGUUUAGAGAUAAGACAAUAAAAUACUUAUUAAACAGAACUGAGAGGUAUAAAUCGUUGGUGACAAGCAUAUGUUAUACAUCCAAGAAUAAGGAAUAUGUGAAAACAAGAAACCACUCAGUUACAGAUAAAAGAAAUCCAGAAUAACUCACGGACACAGUCCUUCAGAGACACUGUUACAGAUAAAAGAAAUCCAGAGUUACUCACGGAUACAUUCCUUCAAAGACACUGAUCUCACGUCUAGAUGCAGACAUGACUGAAAUGGCUGAAUUGAAAAAUGUCCGGCAUUUGGAUGGCAUUGACGUUAAAAAAGAAAUGAAACAGGACCAAGACAAAGGUUACGGAGUAGACAACAAAGGAUACUCUAAUUAUUAUGACACGGAACUACCAAAGAAUACCGAGAAAGGAGUCGAGACUGAGAAAUCACCAAAAUCACAGAAAAAGUCGAAGAAUAUGCAGACGGCAAUUCUAUCCGGGCUUCAAUACAAGGUGGCCGAUAAUCCACCAUGGAUUACCACAAUUCUGCUAGGAUUCCAGCAUUACCUUAUGUUGUUAAGUUCGAACCUCGCGACUCCAGGCAUUAUGGCUUCAGUGAUUUGUGCUAUUGGCAUCCCAGAAGAAAACCACGUGAAAUCCAUGCUACUCGGAAACAUGAUCUUCGCAUGUGGAAUAUGUACACUCGUACAAACGUUCUUCGGUGCGAGAUUACCUAUAGUACAGUGUCCAGCAUUUGCGUACAUAGUUCCUAUGUUAGCGCUGACCAAAAUAGGCCAAUGGAAAUGUCCAGCUGCCGAUGCUGCCAACAUUGAAAAUGGUGUCAACACAACGACAAUGAUGCCAAAUACAACCAUAGGUGGGGAUGAGGAGAAAGAACACAUAACUAGAAUAAACAUGUUAACUGGCACCAUCAUGGUCGCCGCAAUCCUGGAGAUUUUAAUCGGAGUGAGUGGUUUGGUCAGUGUGUUAUUACGCUUUAUUGGACCAUUGACGGUAGCUCCAACUAUAAUGCUGAUGGGUCUUUCUGUAGCUGAGACUGGAUUCAACCUCGCCGGGCAGCAUUGGGGUAUCUCAGGAGGAACCAUUGUUUUAAUUAUUGUCUUCUCUGAAGUGAUUCCAGUGUUUGAAAUUCGAAAUCCAUUUAGUAAAGGGCAUGAUCAGAAGAUAGAGUUCGUACUUCAUAAAAUAUUUUCAGUAAUCCUGUCCACAUGUAUAAUGUGGUUGCUAUGUUACAUUCUCACUGCCGCGGGCGCUCUACCUGAUGACGAGAAGAUGUAUGGGUAUAAUGCGAGAACCGAUCUCAGACUGAACGUCAUCAGCGAAGUCCCAUGGGUCAGAUUUCCAUACCCAGGUCACUGGGGAGUGCCAACCUUUAACUCUGCAUUUUUUGUUGCAAUGGUUGCUGGGGUUGUUACCUCCGUUAUUGAGAGUAUUGGAGAUUACUACACAUGCGCGAGAUUGGCAGGUGCCCUUCCACCGCCUCCGUCUGCUGUAAACAGAGGGAUAUUUGUUGAGGGUAUCGACUGUAUUUUGGCUGCUGCAGUAGGUGCAGGAUUUGGUGUGACGUCAUGUAGCCAAAACAUAGGUGUCAUUAGCUUGACAAAGGUCGGUAGCAGACGAGUAGUUUUGGCAGCUGGAUUUAUUAUGACAUUAUUUGGAUGUCUAGGAAAAUUCAGUGCUCUAGUUGUCACUAUGCCUGAUCCAAUCAUUGGAGCUUCUUUCCUUGUCCUCUUUGGUGUUCUAGCUGCAGUGGGAGCAUCAAAUCUACAGUAUGUUGAUCUCAAUUCAUCGAGAAAUCUCGUAGUGUUUGGUAUAUCUUUGUUCCUUGGUCUCGCUUUUCCGAACUGGGUAGUUGAUAAUGCCGAUCUCAUCAAGACAGAUAAUGAAAAUUUAGAUCAGGUAAUCAAUGCACUCCUGGCCAACAAUAUGUUCAUGGGCUGUUUCUCCGCUCUUAUUUUGGAUAAUGUCAUACCAGGUACAGAUGAGGAACGCGGUAUCAUCAUUUGGAGAGAGGUUCCUGAUUAUUCUGAUGAAGACAGUGACGACCUAGAUGAACAUGACAAUGUCAAUCUAAGUCUCAAAACUUACGAUCUUCCAUUUUUCAACAAUUUGGUACGAAACUGGAAGUGGGGAAAAUAUGUCCCUAUCUUUCCGUCGUUUCAAGGCUUUGAUGAGGCAAGGUGCCCGUGCAAAUGCCUACAAAGUAAACAUAUAGCAGCGGAUGAAGAAAUUGAAGUUAUACAUAACUGCAAUGGAGUAGACAGUGAAAAGAAGUCAGAAUUUUAAAGACAUUUUUACAAAACGUACAAAAAUUCAUUUUAUCAUAAGUUUUAGUUUAUUUCUAGAUACAUUGUAUACAGUGAAGAAAUAUGAAAUAUGAAUCAGUCAAAAAGAAAAUGAAAAUCUAAAACGUACUGUCUGUCACUAAAUAUGUUCAUAUUUAAUACUAUGUGCUUUAUUCAUUUUGCGCAGUAAGUAAUUAACUCGGCAAAAGGCCAUCUUGAAUUAUUGUUUGUUGGAUGGAAACUAGUAACUAAUCAAUGUCUAUAUUCAUGACAUCUUUAAUACAGUAUAAGACUAAUGUCAACAGAAGAUUUAUGAAUUAUGGAUGUGCAAUUCCCCGAAAAUCAAUUGUAUACAUCAUUUACAGUAUCACCGUAAAUUCCUUAGUAUAAGGUAAUUUUAAAUGCAAAUUGAUAUUAUCUUUUUAUGAAACAUUUUGUUAAAUUAUAGAAAUUAAUGUUGGCGACUAGGAAUACAUGUGCAACUAGAAAGCAUAUAUUAGCAACGUCUCCUACAAAUUGAUUCUAUCCUUUUUUUAAAUUUUCUUCUUUAAUUUUCAAGAUUCAUGAACAUAUUAUACAUGAUUAUAUAUAUCUUGUGGCAGUUGGAAUUCUUUAUUUUGAAAAAUUUAACAGUUGUAUGGCCAAAAUGAAUUUUUUUGACAUUUCUGAUUAAAAUUAUGGACCAUUAUAUAUUUUUUUUUAAUUUUAAUAUUGCAAUCGUUUUACAGACAAUUGAAGCAUUUACGACCAUAAAAUGAAGCCAUAAUUCCAGUUAGUCUUUGUUUCUGAUUCCAAAAUCAGGGUUUUUUUUCGGCCGUUUUUAUGGCCGUUAUUCGGCUAUAUUCCCAAUGCCAAAAAGUAUGGGUUUUUUUCCAAAAUGAGUGCAAAAAUUCCCAAUCUACAUCCUGAAAAAAAUUCAUCAAAAUUGGACAUUGACCAAAUUAUGGACAAUUUUGUAAUGGAAGUAUGUUAAAGAGAUUGUACAAUGUGAAACAAGUGUAUCCUAUUGGACCUAAUAUUUUCCAGUUUGGAACAUUUAUGCGUCAAAAUUCCCAAUUUUGGGGGUAUAGGCUAUGUUCCCAAAAUAACUAGAAAAAAAAACCUGCAAUUCCCCGUCAAUUAUCUUAAAACCAGUCAAUAUGUUUUGAAAAAUACCACCAAGAUAUAAACAAGACGGAGUUAUAUAAUUAUACUAACGUUCAGACAGGUUCGUUUUGACUAGGCUCUUAUUGCAAAUUAUAGUUUCGAUGUUUGGUUGACAUGCAUAAUUUUAUACAAUAGAUAUUGUAUUAUUAUAUUCCAGAAUAUUAUCCUUCACAUGUAAACGGACUAUUCACAGCAAGCUAACUAGCACUCAUACCCCUAAAGUUCAUAAAUGAAUAAAAUUCAUUAAACCCUUUUGAAUAUACUUAACCUGAAAGAUGUUUUAUUUUAUAUAAUAUUUGCUUGUAUAAAUUUGAUAUUAGCUUUAUAUAUAAUGUGUAUAUCAGUUAAAUGUAAUUUUAGAAUAAAUGUGAAUUUGUAAA